AUGACAGCAGAGGAGACUAUCAACAUCAAGGAGGCCGAAGUCGUCAAGUUGGUCCUCGACUUCCUCAGCUCCAGGAAGCUGCACAUCAGUAUGUUGGCCUUAGAGAAGGAGAGUGGCAUCAUUAACGGUCUCUACUCCGAUGACAUGCUGUUUCUCAGGCAACUCAUUCUGGAUGGUCAGUGGGAGGAGGUGAUGCAAUUCAUCCAGCCUUUGGAAGGGUUGGACAAAUUUGACAAGAAAAGGUUUCAUUAUAUCAUUCAGAAGCAGAAGUUUCUUGAAGCUCUGUGUGUAAAUAAUGCCAUAUCGGCAGCUGAAGAUCACCAAAAUCUAGAACUUACCAUGCAAGAAGCUGUCAAGUGCCUGCACCACCUGGAGGAGUUCUGCCCAUCUAAGGAAGACUACAGCAAACUAUGUCUUCUCCUUACGUUGCCCCGCCUUACCCACCAUGCUGAGUUCAAGGACUGGAACCCGAGUACGGCGCGCGUGCACUGUUUUGAGGAGGCAUGUGUAAUGGUCGCUGAGUUCAUUCCAGCAGACAGAAAGCUAAGUGAGGCAGGCUUCCGAGCGAGCGGGAACCGCCUCUUCCAGCUACUUAUCAAAGGAAUCCUUUAUGAGUGCUGUGUUGAAUUCUGCCAGAGCAAGGCAACGGGAGAAGCGAUAACAGAGAGCGAGGUAUUGCUCGGUGUAGACUUGCUCAACGGGAAUGGUUGCGAUGAACUGGAUCUGUCACUGCUGUCCUGGCUGCAAAACCUUUCUGCUGGUGCAUUUUCAUGUGCCUUUGAACAGAAGACCCUCAAUAUCCAUGUUGAUCGCCUUGUGAAGCCCAGCAAGACUGGGCACGCUGACCUCCUCACCCCUCUAAUUAAUCGCCUUUCCCCCUGCCCAUCCUCACCUUUCCACCAAAGGCCUCACUCAGCUGACACGUACAUGUCCAGAUCCUUGAACCCAGCUCUGGACGGACUGUCGCACGGCUUGGCAGCCCAGGACAAAAGAGGCGUUGAGGUCAAUAUGAAAUCAGCCUUAAGUCGAAGCUUGGUGGAGAAUAAUGUCCAUCAACUGGAUGAUUCCCCUGAAAAAAAGCACCCACGGGUUUUGGAAGGUCCCAAGGUCACACGGACGCCUCUGGCUCCUGGGAGAGAUGGUGGAACAGCAGGCACAGAAACAGUUGAGUCUACCGACUCGACAGAAAAUAUGCAGGAGUACUACAGGCAGCGUCUGCGUGUACAACAGCAUCUGGAGCAGAAGCAACAGCAGAGGCAGCUUUACCAGCAGAUGCUGCUUGAGGGUGGGGUGAAACCACAUGACGGAGCACAAAAAAACCUCACUGAGACCUUCCUCACUAGAUCCAUUCAGAAACUAGAGGAGAUGAACAUCGGCAUUGACCACCACGGAGAUAAGGUGACACAUCUGGGCCAGCUUUGUAAUGGUGUGGCAGAUGACCCCACUAUCAAUGAUCCAAGGAUGGUACAAGGGGCAAAGCCUGGUGGUGCAAGCAGUCAUUGCCUGCAACAUGUGAGAGAUUCCCCAGUUCCUACAAGCACUGAGAUGGUUGGAGGCCCAGUGAAAGAUGAUUCCAGCAGCCGGAUGACACGCUGUACAACCCAGCAGCUAGGAAUAUCUAAAACCCAGUUUGUCAGAGUGAACCAACUUGAAGACACACAGGCAGUACGAUCUGUGGCUUUCCAUCCCUCAGGAUCACUUUAUGCUGUUGGUUCCAACUCUAAAACUCUUAGAGUCUGUGCCUACCCUGACACCCUAACAAGCAGCACACUAGAUGCCGUCAAGCAGCCAGUGGUCCGCUUCAGAAGGAAUAAACACCACAAAGGUAGCAUCUAUUGUGUUGCCUGGAGCCACUGCGGACAGCUUUUAGCCACUGGAUCCAAUGACAAAUAUGUCAAAGUUCUCCCUUUCAGUGCCGACAGCUGCAAUGCGACAGGUCCUGAUCUGGAGUUCAGCAUGCAUGACGGAACCAUCAGGGACUUAGCCUUCAUGGAGGGUCCUGAGAGUGGAGGGUCCAUCUUGGUUAGUGCAGGAGCUGGAGACUGCAACAUCUACACCACUGACUGUCAUAGAGGACAGGGCCUUCAUGCUUUGAAUGGACACACAGGUAUCUAA